UGCGGUCGCAUGGCCGCUCUCAGUACUCGCGAGCCUCGCUCGGUGUGUGUUUCGUGGCGCGGUCGUCGUCGCCGUUACUCGUCGUUUUCCAUCGCUUCGACCGCUUGUUUUCGCACGUCGGACGUCCGCGCGCCUUCGCAAUUAAUUCCGUUCGCGAAUCCGUCCCGUCCGACGCCCGCGACGGCCGUCUCAUCCGCCGCGUUCCUGUGCCGCCGAACUACUCCGUCUUUCUCUCUCGCUCCCGCUGUCGCGCCAGAAGGAAGAAGGCGGCGGCAUUCAGUGAAGUUGUGUCGUACGCACGUAUUCGUACAUGUGUCAGUGUUCGUGACAGUGCGUCGCGUAUCCCGACGUCGUCGGCGUCGUCGUCAUCGACGACGUAGAGAAUCGCUGGAAUCUCUCUCGUCGCCCUCGGUCGCCAUCUCUCCGUCUCUCAACGUCUUUCUUUCCCUGCCCGCGAUCCUCUCUCUCGAUUCCUCUCCGUGUGUUACUCUCUUCCCGCGAUUACCUUACCUUACCUUAACCUAUCCUACCCUUACCCUUACCUUUAUCCUUACCUUACCCUUAGUAGCUCCGAAAUCCGAGUACUACGCGCCGCUCCCGUGUGUUUACGAUCGUUGCGUCCUCUUAUCUGCCGUCUCGCUCUCCUCUCACCUGCACUCCUGUCGCGGACAGGUGUCCCGUGGAAGCAGCGGAGGUGAGCCGACGCCUGUGUGCUCUCUGUGAUAUAACGUCGGGCCCAACUGCGCCUCGACGCUUCUUCCCGAAUCCUGCCGAGAAAACGAGCCCUCCACUGCCCGAGUCGUCCUCGUCCUCGUCUUCGACAUCGUCGUCGUCGUCGUCGUCGUCGACGAUUACCAGAGGACGCGACUCUCCUCCAGUCAUCAACGUCCGCCAGUCGCUCUCGCGAUUCUCCUCCGAGUGCGAGUAAUUUUCCAUAGUGUGUGCCAAUCGCGCGGAAUUCCAUUGUAAAUAGCCUAGUGACUUCUCUGAAACCCGGCACAGACGAUGAUUUUUCGUCAACUCGGUUUCCGCUAAAGUGCUCAGUGCCAUCAUCUGGAAUAGAACAACCAAGUCGCUUCCGCACCGAAAAGGAAUUUCCGUCUAAUUGGUCCGACGUCACGAUAGAGCGAUAACCACUCGCUCGAUGUAACAUCCGCCGUUGACGAGAUCACCUUCCAUUACAAGUGUGAUAAAUCCUGAAAACGCACCUGUCGAAGUAAGAACGCGUCUCUUGGAUCAGAUGCGUGCUCUUCCACGGGCCGGUCGAAAAUUCCCACGAGAGCUCGUCGGAAACCGUUGCGCGUGAUCUCGAGAUCUCGAGACGAUCGUCUCGCUGCGGGAUCGCGCCCUCGAGCACGUGGCAGCUGCGCGCGAAUCUCACCGUCGAGCCGUGGAGCCGCGAACGAGAAGUGUCGAAGGACGACGACGCGAGUCGCUGCCGAACCCUCGAGGUACCCACCGGGAUGCGCGCCGUGUCGACAGGGACCGUGCCCACCCGGUAGCUCCGUUGCCGGCUCUCGUAGCGAUCCUCAGGCCGUGGCGCCGAAAGAGACGGGGUCGCUGCAAGGAUCGGGCUCCGAGCGCCGCGAUGUCGAUACGCGUGAGUGGCGUCUACCUGGUACCCAGUCCGGGCGCCGACAAUGGCGGCAACGAUAAGAGCGUGGACCAUCAGGAGCAGCAUCACCAUCACCAUCAUCACCAUCAUCAUUCGAAAACGGUGACGAUCGUGACGGCGCCGCAGCGCAGCAAUAGUCUGGAUUACCUCAACUUUGAGGAGAAGCGGCAGAUCAUCGCGUCGUCCUUGUCUCUCAGCGACUUCCUGGCGCAUGGACCAGCGGCAGCCGCGGCCGCCGCCAAGGAAGUAGCGGCGAAUACGGUGAUAGCAAAAAAACAAAAUGGUGCUGCUUUGCGGACAAACAGUUUGGGGUCGGGAGCGAGGACGCCGCCUUUGGAGAGAAAAAGUAAAUUUUCGGCACUCGGUAGACUCUUCAAACCCUGGAAAUGGAAGCGGAAAAAGAAAUCGGAUAAAUUUGAAGCCGCUUCGUUAUCGCUCGAGAGAAAAAUCUCGGUACGUGCCAGCAGAGAUGAGUUGGUGCAGAAAGGGAUAUUGCUGCCCGUGAUACGAUCGACAUCGUUUCCUGAAAAUGAAACGAUAAAUGAGUCGACGGACGUGCAAAAACCGCCGACGCCGCAGCAAGGGCCGCAGCAGCAGCAGCAACAGCUGCCGCCACUGCAGCAGCAGCAGCAGCAACAACCAUCCGGUGGUAUCGUGACGGGUGGCAUCGGGGGUGGCGAUGGCACCCCCGCGGCAACACCUACGUCCGCCGUUAACGUGCAGCAAUCCCAACAAGCGGUACCUUCAGCUACACCGACCCCGACGACUGCCAACCCGCAUUCUGCUGCAGGACCGCCCAGCAACAAUCAACCGUCGCCCCAUCCCUCGCCCCUCUAUCCCGGGAUACCGCAGCAGGCCGGACAGCCCAACGGCAGCACGCAAGAGCCGAAGAAGGAAAAGACUGAACAGAGUGCGAAUGGCGCGAUAUCGCCGAGCGGCGGCGGCGGUGCCGGCGAUUCGUCGGCCGCAAAUCUGGGCCCUACCGGUCCGGGGGCGCCGCCGGUCUCGGGUCCGGUCUCGGAUUCCGGGGACCAGCAAAAGCCGAACAGGCCGAACACCCUUGACGCCAGGGUGGUAGCCAGGAGGCUGAUCUUGUUCGACAUGGACAAGAGGGUGUUGGAUCCUCAGGGCGCCGACAAUCAGCAGGUUAUCGAGAGGUGUUACCCGUUACCACCUCAGAAUACCCUGAUGCUGUCGGAGCUUCCGGAACCGCCGAUUCCGUUAAGCGAAAUCGGUCCUAUACCACCCCCGCCCAUGUUCAGCUCUCCGAGUCCUACUUUGCUAGCGAGACAACGGCAAAUCCCGCUCUCGGACUGCGAGGAUGAGGAUGAGGAAGACAUCGACGUGGAGGAGGAGGACGACAUGUACGUCUUCAGGGUGUCGCAGCCGGAUCCGGCGAUCGACACGUCCCGUGUCGAGGAGAUACCGGCGAAGGAGCCCAAGUUCCAUGCCGUGCCGCUCAAGAGCGUCCUGAAGAAGCGGGGUUCCGGAAGCGGGCCUGGCACGCCGCAAAAUACACCGACGCAGGAGAACAGGCCGCUGACGCUUCGCCAGGAGCUCCACGCCUCGUUCAAAAGGCCACCGUUGAGGCCUAGGAUGAGAAUAUGCAGUCGACCGGUCAGAUUCGGCCUCGCUUUGCCCUGCACGUUGGAAAACAAGGAGAACGCGCGGCCAUAUGUCAUCAGGGAAGAUGUCGAUGGCGAUUCCGGCGAUGGACAAGUCCUCUACAGGGAUGAUUAUGAUGACGAGAAAAGCCGUUUGGCAGCCAAGAUUGCGCGCAAGGAAUCGCUUUCGCUGAAACUCGCUCUUAGGCCAGAUAGACAAGAACUCAUCAAUAGAAACAUCCUUCAACUGCAGACGGACAAUGAGAGGCAGGAAACGAAAGAAGCGAUUGGUGCCAAGCUCAUUAGGCGGCUGAGCAUGCGGCCAACUCAGGAAGAACUCGAGGAGAGGAAUAUUUUGAAAAAGCAAAGUCCUGCCGAAGAAAAGAAGCAAAAAGAGGAAAAGAAGCGAUAUCUCCUGCGCAAACUGAGUUUCCGACCAACCGUCGAAGAACUCAAAGAGAAAAAGAUUAUUAGGUUCAACGACUAUAUCGAGGUAACGCAGGCUCACGAUUACGAUAGAAGAGCUGACAAGCCCUGGACGCGGUUAACUCCGAAGGAUAAGGCUGCCAUUAGGAAGGAAUUGAACGAGUUCAAGAGUUCGGAGAUGGCCGUUCACGAGGACAGCCGACACCUCACCAGGUUCCAUAGGCCAUGACAAUUGCAAUGUGUUGAGGUGCUACAGUGUGGUGCGGGUAUAUGUGAAGGUGCAGUGUGGUGGCCUCGUAUUGAGGCUGGAUAAACAAACAGGUAUCGUUGCUCUUCUUUCCGAAUUUAACGGAAGUGCGAAGUGCGCGAUACUCGUCCGAUUGGUGACGAUGAUUUUUUUGACGUUGCUGCGUCGUGUCGCCAUUCGUCGUUGUCGCCGUACAUCAUUCGCCGGCACUUCUUUCGUCAUCGUCAUUUACACACGUCAGCGGCGAGCGCCACCACGACGUCGACGAAGAUUGUGAUAGGGUGACCCGCCAUCCCCACCGAAGAGGACCCGGCGGGUCGCUCGCCGAUUUCUUUUCUUAAGGGUCGUUCACACUCGUGCUUAGCCGCGCAAACAGCUCUCUUCGGGUUUCCGAUAUUUCUAUCUAAUCCUUUUAUAUCUUUGGCGCCAACUCAAACGACGAUGUCGUUAUAGUAUCGGGAGGCAUCUCUUAUUAUAUAUUCUUAACAUCUUUGAAAUAUUCUUGAAACUUUCCGCGGUAAAUUCUGAAAUAGGUAUACUGCGCGUAUAUCUUCUUCCGUAUUCAUUGAAGCUUAAAAAAUUAAAAUUUAUCUUCAGAUCUAUUCUCUUGAAAGCUUGCCGCUGUGAAAAUCAAAAUGCUGUACAGAAUAAGUAAGACUUUUUUAGAAACGUUGAGUGUGUGUUCGCGUCCCGCUGAAUAAAAUCAGAAGUCAUUUCUGAUGAUAUAUCGUGUCUCAUUCAUAAUUAACGUUUCAUGUUAUGAAUUUUAUAAGUUGUUUUUUGUCUUUGUUAUGUAUAAAUUUAAAAAUCAUGUAAAAAUACAAGAUUGCGUCUGUCAUGAAUAUAUAUUUUAGCGAUAAAAAAAAAAUGAUAUUCCAGAACGAGUGUCACACGCACGUUGAUGCGUGAAAAUGUAUAGAUUAAUCGCGCUUAUAAGAUUAAAAUUAAGCGCGAGACUUUGGCAGAAUUCCAUAGAUAUUGCGAGUGCGCGUGUGUGAACAUGACCCUUAAACGUGUCAAACACCAUUUUGCAAUCAAGCUAGCUCGUCAGUGUCACCUGGCAUCAUUGUAAAUGUAAAUCGUUUCAAGUUCGAGCCAUCGUAACUUUUAGAUAUGUGAUACAUCUUGUUGAUAUCACUAAAAAAAUACUCGAAUCCUAAAAAAAAACGAAUAUUCAAGAAGAGGAGAUACAUCACAUUAUAAGGGAUAUCUCGUAACUAACAUCGUCGUGAGUUGGAUUUAGUUGAAAAAAAAAAUGUUUUAGUAUUAAUAUUUUUAUACGUUGACGAAUAUAUAAAAGGUAAAGAAAAAAAAGAAUUUCCGCAAAAUAAUUUUUCGAUAUAACUCUCGUUUUUAAUAAUUAAGAAUAUAUUCGGCUGACGCCCGAAAAUGUGAUUUACGAUAAUUCCAUGUUUUCUCACGAUUUUGGCGCGAUUCGCGGGCAAAGUAUUCAUUGCUUAUGACACACUAACACAACUUGGUGUAUAGUUUGUUGAACUCUUCGUACGCGUCGCGUGAGAAAUGAAAACAGCCAUUCGGUGUCCACGACAAUCGGUCGACUGCUCGAUCGACACAAUAACUGUUUUCCUUUACUGCCAGGUAUCACUCUCUCGUGGAGCUGCCUUGAAGAGCAAGCGCUUACGGUUAUCUAAAGAAAAAAAGUUAGAUAUACUCCGUUUGCGGGAAAUCAGAGAUGCAUUGUGCAAUGUAACUUUGUACAGGAGUAUACAUAGCGUGUACAUUAGUGAUUAUUAUUAUUAUCAUCAUUGUUACAUUUCUCGAUAAUCUCGCAAGGACACGCUCUAUGGUCCUCGUUAAUUUCGAUCGCGCGCGCGCGUGCGCCUUAAUCGCAACAAUGUUAAUAAAUUCUUUAAGAGCAAAAAUACGCGCGUUAGUUGUUGUUCCGUAUUCAUCGAGUACAAAUAUAAUACUUUCAUAACGAUUUAGAAAAAGAUCAUUAAACAUAUCUUCGAAAAAUACAUUAUUGGCUUGUAUUAUUGGCUAGUAAUAAAGCUAAAAUAUAUUAAAAUCGAAUCUCUCUCUGUCAUAGAAGUUUAUUAUUAAUUUAUACUCGCAGAACUCGGAACAUCAACAAUGAUUAGUCCGCUCUUUGUAAAAGCAAUUUGCUGAGUCAACAGUGAAUCGUAGUCCUACAUAGUACUGUCUAUAAUGCAGACGGAGAAGAAAAAUUGAAUUAGACAGAAAAUUAGCAUUAAUUGACGUCGGUGAUGACCGGCUUGUAGUAUCUAAACUCGUUCAGCCCGUUGUUUUCAUCAGAGGGUAAAACGAAGAAAAAACAUUCGCGUUAUACAAAUCGCCAUGUUACGCGCAAAUUUGUAUUUAGAUUCGCAGCUGAUCGAAAGAACGAAGCCAAACGACAGAGAAAAAAAAAAGAAAAGAAAAAAGAUUAACAAGAAAAGACACGCGCCUCGAUGUGCGCGAUGUCUUGCACGCUUAUCUUUGGAAGCUUCUUGCAUCUCCUGCCCCGCUUAUCUCCUUCCCCAGGUUUGUAUAAAACUCUCUUGCUCACGUCAUUAUUGACAAAAAGUUCGUCAUCGAAUAUCCCUCCUUAUUUUGGAGAAUGGCGAACGAAACAAGAGAGAAAAGAUUGCGAGCUACGAUCUUGCGCGACGUGCAAAUUCACAACAGCGAUGAAUAAAAAAAAAAUCGUGA